UGAACCUGUUUAAAAUAUAAAUGUGAUCAGCCCCUCCCUCGGGCUGUCUGCGGCGGCGCCUCAUAAACCCAACAGGACAGGAAACGUUCGACAGCCAGGCAGGCAGUGCGCAGCCGCAGGUCCUUCAGGUCGGAGCUGAUUCUGUGUUUGCUCUGCUUCUUUCUUCGCUUCCACCUCUAUGGAGCCUCCGGACUUUGAAGCCAUGAACCUGACAGUGAAGCCGGCGCCGCCAGCGUUCCCGCUCUGUGGCGAAUGGAAGGAGGCUGCGGAGGGAUCUCUGUUCCACCUCGCCAACAUCCUGCUCUUCCUCGGCUUCAUGGGAGGAAGCGGUUUCUACGGACAUCUUUACCUCUUCACCUUCCUGACUGUGGGCUUCUUCUGCAGCACUGUGUGGGCAUGGUCGGACCCCUGCACCACGGACACCUUCCUCUGGAACUUCGCCUUGUUCGGGGCAUGUUUGUCUCAGGCUCUCUAUAUAGUCUACAAGCUGAGGAGCCUCACAUUCGACAAGGACUUUCAGGAACUGUAUAACUGCAUGUUUAAAAGACUCGGAGUGUCCCUUCCACAUUUUGGGAAGAUAGUGACCUCCAGUGACGGAGUUGUCCACACCUUGGAGAAGGGCCAGUUCUUUGCUGUAGAAGGAAAAACAGCUAUUGACAAGUUGUCUGUUCUUCUGUCUGGCAGAAUCCAUGUGACAGUGAAUGGAGAGUUCCUGCAUUACAUCUACCCUUUCCAGUUCCUGGAUUCUCCUGAAUGGGAUUCUCUCAGGCCCUCAGAGGAGGGAAUAUUCCAGGUGACUCUGCAUGCUGACGAUCAGUGCCGAUACAUAGCCUGGAGGAGGAAGAAGCUGUACCUGCUUUUUGCUAAGCACCGCUACAUAGCCCGGAUCUUUGCCCUGAUUGUGCGCAGUGAUAUUGCUGAAAAGGUGUACUCACUUAGUGACAAGGCUUUUGAUAUGGCAGGACACCGCUAUGAUCUUCGCUUACCAAGUUACUGCCACAUGCCAGGGCCAGAAUUAGAAAGAGCACAUGACCUCCUAGAAGUUCCUGUGCCAGGGGAAAGGGCUGCCUAGUCACACACACACACAAGCCCCCCCACACACACACACACCCGCACCCCCCUUCCACCCACCACACACGCCCCCCGCACACAGACACACAGUCAGGCCUUUACAUUUAGAACUUUCUUUCUGCAUUACAAAAUGUCAUUGGGGUAAAAUCUGUCCAUACUUGGGCUGAUGUUUAAGUGAAUUAACCACCCUGUGCUCUCCUCUACUGAUCACCUGUGAGACGGAAACCCCAAAGAAAACAAGUCAAACUGAAAUCUGGCUGCCUCACUGAUCCAUGACCACAGACAUACCAGGCAUAAAUCACAUUCUAUCCUGGAGUUUUUGUUACAGAAUCCAUGAAACCGUUCCAGGAAUAUACUGAACUGAAGAUUUAACGUCAGCAGGCAUCACUUCAGUCAAUCAGUAAUACUGCCAGAUGUUGGUGGUUACAGCUGCAAUCAGCCAAUCAGGUUUGGCUUCGCAGAGGCAAAUAAAGACACAUAUUCAAUAAAAAGUUGAAUGUUUUUCCCAAUAGUGCACUCAAAGUCUAAUUGUUAUUGAUUCAGAAUCUGUAAAAAAAUACAUAUAGAAUGUUGUUUCACUCUGUAUUAAAGGGUUUAACUCCAGCUUUGCAACUGUUAAACUCUUUGAUUGUACAUAACUGCAGAUAGAAUAUAAACAGCUUCUCAUUUUGGUGUUUUCAGUCUUUAACCUUCUGCUCAAGUUUUCAUUAUCCUGUCAAUGAUUGAGUCAUGUAAUAAUAAGUUAGAUGAAAGAGGGUUUUAACUGAACAACUCAUGUUCAAUUAAUGUCUACAUCUUUACUAUUUACAUAGACAGUGUUGAGAAACGAGAUAUUUGCUACCUGUUGCUCGUUGUUAUCUCGUCUCCCCAGGUCCGUGGAUGUAGAUGUAGAUGUCUACAUCUACAGGGUGGGCCAUACGUUUUCAUACAUAGAAAAAAUAAACAUUUUAUAUUGGACAACCCUUUUUAUUUUGUGGGACUCUGUAAUCGCUGCAUGUCUUGGACUACUUCGUGGUUGAGCUGCAACAUUUCUGUCAUGUUCCGUGUUUUUCUGUGUGUUUAUUUUGAGUUUCCUGUGUCUGUGAGUCUCCGUGUUGUCCUGUCUUCCCCUUGAUUGCUCCCAGGUGUUUCUCGUUGUCUGAUUGCCUCCUGUGUAUUUAGUCUGACCUGUGUCUCUGUGUGUUGUCAGGUCCUUGUCAAUGUGUCUUGUCCAUGCGUGUAGCCUGUUGCUACCAGUGCUGAGCCCUAGCCUUCCGCUCUACUGUGCUGCCAGGUUUUGUGGACUUUUGGACUUAUUUAAGUCUAUUGUCAUCAUUAAACUUCCAUCAUUCAUCUCA